AUGUCAGAGCCCACCGCCGCCUUCCUGCCGGUCCCGCAACAGAGUCACUUCUCAAGCAGACAAACGCCGUCAUCUCCGUUUCUGUCUUCCAUCUUCCAUUUCAUCUUUCAGGCUCUUAUCAUCAUGAAUUCUUCAAACAUGGCAGGAGGCGCGACUAUCAAUCAGGACGAGCAGCAACAGAUCCCGGCUGGAGGAUCACUUGAUAGGACUGCACUGAUCCAACCUCUGCGACUGGGACAAAUCCUCCAUGAAACAGACAUAGGCCUGGAACUCCCCCGCAAGCGCACCGGCUUGACACCUGUCGCGCGGGACAAGUUUGGCGUGCCCGUCGUCAUGUCCAAUCUUCCUCAGAAGAAAGCAGGGGCGCGCAAACGCAAAACCCAACGGCAGACAGAGUCACCGCGGUCGGUUCAGUCGGUCACAGCUCCACUUGCCCCUGCGCCUGCAUCUGCGCCCUCCUCAACCAACGCCCAAAAACCCAACAAAGAAAGCACAGCCACCGCCAGCGGCCACGUCAAUAACAAGGACGAAGCAGCCGCCACCACUGAUGGCCGUACUGCUGAGCAUGCACAGAGACCAGCGAGAGCUAAAAGCGCACACGGACCCCCGAAGCGAGGGCGUACGCAACAACCUGGCAAGCUCACGCUCAUCUCAGCAGAGCAACUCGGAGACUUACGUGCCGACCUCAUCCAAUCCGCAAAGGACAACAGCGAUCUGCGCCAUGAAGUGGACGUGUUGGAACGCAAGCUUGCGCAAUCCGAAGAAGAGAGGCGAAUGUAUUGGAGCUGUGGAUUGGAAUGGGCACGUCGCGAGAAAGGAUUGUGUAUGGAGCUGGAAUACUGGAAGGCGCAAGCGGGAGCGGCAACGCAGGACAACAUCGGCGACGACGGAGGGGCCGUGCAGUAUGGCUUUGUCGGCGGUCGCGAUUUUGACGUUGGAUUUCAGGCCGCACGGCACCACCAAGGGGGUACGGCACAGGGGAUAGAGCUAGGGCUCGACAUCCCGCUCAGUGUACUGCCGGCGGCUGGGCACGGUGCUGUGGACGCUGACUUCGGCGCGCGUUUCGGCACUGGCUUCGAUCGUGCUCCAGACCACCUUGUCGCCACGGCAGACGAGUUGGACAAGGAGCGAGAUGUCAUGUUGCGCAUGGACUGAUCGAACUUGGGUCGGUUGGGUGUUUGGAAGGCGUUUGGCCUUUCUCGCCUCUCUGGCACGGAAGAAGGUGUCCUGCCCCCCGUCGGUAUGGAGGAUUCACGGUGGACCCAACCAUGUUUGGUCGGACACCGCACCCAUGUGCCUGAUAGAGUUGUGUUCAAGCAUUGUCCUUGCUGGUUGUGGGAAGUGGGAGAUGUCGUUGGAUACAAUCGCAACAGCUUCGGUCACACGUGGUUCCACAGCCGAGCAAGGGGGGUGGUUGGACGAACCCGUUGAGCUCGAGGUCGUGGAAAUGCAAUGCUGGAGGGUGGGCAUUCAUCCAUUCUAAAGCAGUCCCAGUCGAGGGAAAUAAUCC